AUGCACGAGUGGAUGGCUCACCAUGCGCAGCUCUUCGGCCAGUGGUCAUAUUUCAUGUUACAUGAUGUCAACAGGAGGGUGCAAGUUGGGGUUGGGAUUCAAUCAAAUACACCCGACCAUGAGGGAGAGGUGUUGCAGCCAUGUAUGGAAAUGGGGGUGGUGAUGCUACAGGAUGUGAGGGAGCAGGAGCACUUCGACGGCUACUACCACAACCAAUUCCUGAUCAUGAACGAUUGCUUGCAUAGGUAUAGGUUCACGGUCGAGUGGAUAUUCUUCUUCGACGUCAACGAGUUCAUCUACUUGUCGGCCAAAACCAACCUCGCAUCCUUGCUCACAUCCAUUGAAAUCGAAGGCUACUUGCAGUUCACCAUGGAUCAGAUGCCCAUGUUGAACAGGCUAUGUCGAGCGAGUGACUACGAGAAGACUGAUGUGUGGGGUGUGGAGAAGCUGGUGUACCGUGAUGCGAAGAGAGUCCCGAGGAGGGACCGAAAGUACGCCGUCUGGCCGCUAGCCGCGUUCGCCGCCGGCGUCCACAUGUCGCAGAACAUCGCCGGCCGGAGCCUCCACAAAACAGAGGGACGGAUCAAGUACUUCCACUACCACGGCACCAUCGCCGACCGCCGCCACCCAUGCAGGGAGUUCGCCAAUCCCUCCGGAGUCGCCUACAACGGCACCCACUAA